CUGGAUUAUCAGUUAAUCAUUCUACACGGGUUGAAAAGUUUUCAGCGCGUUGAAUGUCCACUUGGUGAGGAUCCUCUGGAUAAAAUGAGAAAAGCUCUCGAAACUUUCCAGGAUUUCCUCCCGCAAGAUAAAGCAGCGCAAAUUGCUAAAAUAUGCACUAUAUUGGAAAAUGCUGCAAAAUGUAAACGCGAUUUUCAGAUAAAGAAACGUGCCUGCAUUCGACAUCUACGCCGUUUUGAUUCGCUCGAAUACAAAGCUCUAGCUGAAAGUCGAGAAAACUUCAAUCAGUGCGUAUUUUCUCGCUUUAUUCUAGCAAGAUCAGCAAUGGAUUUGGCUAAACACGAAGUGAAACAGGCAAAAACUACAGAGCAGAUAGAGAGGCGGGCAGUAUUGUAUCAGCAACAAGUAGAACAUUUCGAUGAACAAUGUAACAAGGUUAUAAAAUUGCUAGAAGAAUUGCCAAGCAUUAAAACAGCUCAUUCUAAAGAUCUCACGGAGUUAACACGUUGUAGCCGUGAAUAUCAUCUUGCAAUGCUUGCCUUAUUCAAAUAA